UUUAGCGCGUAGUUUUCUUUUUGUUGAUGAAGCUUUCCGGAAGGUCGCAAGACAAAUACAUAUAGUUGAAAGUAUGGGGUGUUUGUGUUCUGUGUCUGGCGUUCAGAAUUUUUUUGUGUUUUAAAGUUUUUUUACUUUGUGUAAAAGUUUUCUCGAAAGCCUCGCUCUUUACAGAUAAAGAGGUGAGUUUGUUUGUGAACGCCAUUGCAUUUCCGAGACUUCUUCCCCACGUAGAGGAGGUUCUGCUCCCGCCUUGUGGAAGCUCAUCUGACCCGUGGCACGCGGAGGUGGGAGGCUGUGGUGUCAGAUGGACGCGUCCGCGGUCUGCACUGACGGAACCAGCACCACCGGGCCUGGGAGCCAGGACGGCGCUCACAGGAGGAAAGUCUCCAAGGAUGUGCAGAUGGACAUUGAACAUCUCUGCAAAGCUGUUCCUCAGCUGGCCACAGCUUUCAACAUCUUGGACAAAAUUGGAGAAGGGACGUUCAGCUCGGUGUACCUGGGCGAGGCACGGAUGCGGGACGGCAGGAAGGAGCUGUUUGCGCUGAAACAUCUCAUCCCAACCAGCCACCCCACACGCAUCGCUGCUGAGCUUCAGUGUCUGACCGCAGCAGGAGGGAGGGAGAACGUGAUGGGAGUGACUUACUGCUUCAGGAGGGAUGACCAUGUGGUGAUCGUGAUGCCCUACAUGGAGCAUCGGGCUCUCGUGGAAAUCAUCGGGUCCCUGAGCUUCGCUGAGGUCCGUCUGUACGUCUAUCACCUGCUGAAGGCGCUCCGACACAUCCAUCAGUUUGGCAUCAUUCACCGGGACAUCAAGCCCAACAACUUCCUGUACAACCGGAGGAGCGGAGUGUACGCGCUGGUGGACUUCGGCCUAGCUCAGGGCACAGCCGACACCAAAAUCGAGUUGCUGAAGGUGGUGAGACCGAGGCCUCUGCAGAAAGGUGGAGGGUCUGCCCCACAGAGGAGCCGAGCACCUCCUAAACCCUUUUCCAAAACCACCUCUGGUUCACUCCCUGCGCCUCCACGGCAGACGGGAGCUUUGCCACCGUCCUCUUCUCCUGUGUCCUCUCCGGCCUCGCAGAAACCCCCGGUGAAAAAAGCACGCCUGCCCACCUCCUCUCUUCACACGGCUCGGUCAAAGGACCUGGGGGGGCUGCGCAGAACUCCACGACCCGUGUUUGGUGAGAGGAACCUGAACAGCUGCACGCCUGCCCCCUCCACCACAGCGCCGGAUGCCAGGAAAGCAGAGGAAGCGCUCAGCUGGAGGCUCUCCUCGGCGAGCCGAGCGGCAGGCCGGACUCUCAGCAGCAGCAGCCAGAAACCUCAGAGGGCCGUCCAGCCGGGCCUCACCUGCGACUGCUUCCUGACCGACCGCGUCUGCAACAUCUGCAUGUCCAGAAAGCAGCAGGUGGCGCCGCGGGCUGGAACUCCUGGCUUCAGAGCGCCUGAAGUCCUGACAAAGUGUCCCGACCAAGGCACAGCCAUAGACGUGUGGUCGGCCGGCGUCAUCCUGCUCUCGCUCCUCAGCGGCCGCUACCCGUUUUUUAAGGCCGGCGAUGACCUGACGGCGCUCGCUCAGAUCAUGACAGUCCGAGGUUCCCGGGAGACCAUCCGGGCAGCCAAGACCUUCGGUAAAGCGGUGGUGUGCAGCCAGGAGCUGCCCCCUCAGGACCUCAGGACUCUGUGCGAGACUCUGCGAGGACGCAGGAGGUCCUCCACAGGUGAAGGCGUCCCACCAGCGAUGGCAGACGCCUGUCGGAACAGAAUGGACGGAGCAUCGGCGCGUGGGCCCGCUGACGCAGCAGAACCGAGUCUGCAGAAGCAGGAAAGUCUGAGCAGCUGUGAGCGCACAGAAAGCCUCGUGAAGCCAAACCUGGAGGCUGAGGAGGAGGUGGAGGACUGGGACAGGGUUCCUGAUGAAGCCUACCACCUACUGGACCGGCUGCUGGACCUGAAUCCAAACACCCGGAUCUCUGCGGCUGAAGCACUACAGCACCCCCUGUUUAAGGGCCUGUGAGUCUGAGCACCUGAACGCAUCGCAGUGAACUCGGUUGACCUGGAAACCAUCCUAGCUAGACUUUGAAAGAACCCUCUGAAGAUGUGCUUUUGUCAUCACAUCCACCAACAGCUCCAUGUUCACCGACACGUCACGGCACAUUUUAUCUGAACCUCUAAUAAAAGCUUUUUUUUAUUUCACAAAAACUGCAGGAGUUCAGGAACAUUUUGAGGUAAACGCAACAAAAACAGGAUUAUCGGUCCAAAGUUUAGUUAAAUGUUUUGUUCUAUAUUCCAAUUGUCCUUGAGUGUCAAUUUGUGAUAUUUAGGCUGAUUUAGUAAAAACUAAACUGCAGCUCA